CUUUCUUCUACACACAAAACUGAGGCACCAGUCGUUUUUUGUGCUAGCAGAGAAAGCCGUUUUCAUCUUUCGAAUUUUUAGCGUGGACAAGAGAGUUUUCUUUGCUGUUUGUUUCCGAGAAGUCAGUAGUAACGGUGUCCCCGGUUUAUCGGUAGGGAAGCGUGCUUCCCCUGGCGUCGUGGGGCACAUGCAGCACGCCAGAGUGACGUCGAGUCUCGCCGAGAAGAACAGGCGAUGCAGAAGCAGUGAGCGGACCGGGAAAACGCUGAUUAUGGAAGGCGGAACGUGCAGGAGUAUUUGCAGCACUGCCUCCAAACUGCGCCUAAAGCAAGUGAUGAUUCUGUUUCUCCUCAUCAAUGUUGUUAAGCCAACAAGAGGGUCAGCAUGGACUCACUCCCGGACUACGACAGAGUCGUACACCCUUGUUCUUGGUGCAGGUAUCAUUGCAGCUACUACCAGUUGUCUUGCAAACAGUGAGACUGGAAGGGAGAGUGAAACAACAACCAAUCCACCAUCCAUUAUGCCCGAUAGUACACCAACCAGUACACCAACCAGUACACCAACCAGUGCACCACCAACCAAUCCAUCAACCAGUACACCAGGAGACUGUAAGAAACCCCCGAAUCCAACUGGAGGUACAUAUCCAAUAGCUGGUCCUACAACCGUCGGCAGUACCAAGACAAUAACUUGUUCUGUUGACUAUGCCGUCAAUCCUUCUGCAACAACACAAACUAUCACAUGCCAAGCCGGUGGUUCUUGGACGGUGCCUGGUGUGCAACCAUGUCUACGAGACUGUAAGACACCCCCGAAUCUAACUGGAGGUACAUAUCCAAUAGCUGGUUCUACAACAGUCGGCAGUACCAAGACAAUAACUUGUUCUUCUGACUAUGCUGUCAAUCCUUCUGCAACAACACAAACUAUCACAUGCCAAGCCGGUGGAACUUGGACAGUGCCUAGUGUGCCUCCAUGCCUACCAAUGCUCCCAACUGUGACAUACUCCACCAAUUCAACAUCAAUAACUGCACACUUUUCCACCUUUGAAAACAGGACCACAGAUUUCUGUGUGAAAAAUAAUACAUCCGAAGUUGUUCUAUGCAAAAAAACUUUGAAUGUGACGAUAUCAGGUCUCUAUCCAUACACAAACUACUCAGUAUCUUCCAACACAAAAACUGGUCAACUGCCAUCACAGUUUACUGCUGCUGUGAUCGUGAGGACCAGCGCUUCAGGUAAGCCACCUUAG